GAUACAUUUUUUUUCUCUACGGUUCGUUAAACCUUAAGAAAGGUAAAAAGAAAAAAAGAAAAAUACACAAAGACAUUGGAAGAUGAUUCCUGGUUUUGCAAUAGAGUUCGAUCUAUCGAAAGUUUUGAUUAUUCGUGGAAAGCAAGACGAGAGUAGGAGGUCCGAAAGAAAUUUGGGAGUUCUUUAAUUGUAAGUAUAUAAAAAAAACAAAAACAAAAAAGAAAAAAAGAAAAAGAUUGGACACUCUCUCGCGAUUGGUUUAAAGGUGGGAGCUGGUAUAAAGUGAGGAAGUACUCGAUGGCGCCAGCCAGUUAGUUCAGUGAGAGUGCCGCGAUCAUUUUGCCGAUCUACCGUGAAAGUCACGAUCACGUAGUACAAGAUGUUCCUGUUGAUUUUAUUAUCAUGCUGCUCGAUAGUUCCAAUUCUAUCAGAAAAGACGUUGUUGAAUCAAAAUGAACUGAAGGAACGAGCAUCGGCACAAUUACAACGAUUAGCACCGUAUCGAAGGUCGAUUGAUCGAACUGGGUCGGAUCCUCCUCCUUCGAGUUCGGAGAUGCCGAUAAUCGAACAAAAGGGAACUUUGGAGAAGUCUAAGGAACAGGAAGAGCAAAGAAUAGCUAUGCAAAUUCUCGAGAUGAUCGAGAAAUCGGAUGAAUUUAAAAAAGCUGUGGGAAGUAUGAAGAAAAUCGAUGAUAAUAAAUUAAGGAUUGAUUUUGAAACGGAUCCAAAGUACGCUGAGUUAUUGCAAGAACAGGAUAGAAUUAAACGAUCGGGUUCAGGUGGUUUUGUUACCGGAUCUAGUAGCAUCAUUUCGGGUAUAGCCAGUGGAAUAAUUGGUGGUCUUGCUAGUGCAUCGGGAGCAGCUUCGAGAGGUUCUUCGGGAAGCAGUGGUCAACCUACUCAUGUUGUUUAUGGUCCACCUGUUCAACCGUAUGGCGAGAAAACGUUUGACGUAUGGGAUUUCAAAAAAGCUAUUUUAAACACCGUUAUACAAGCAUUAAAAGCCAUAAGUGGUGGAGUUCUCGCAUUAAAAGGUCAACUGAUCAAAGGAGGUGGUUUCUUGGUAUCUACUAAAGGAAAAAUUAUCAGUUCGACUGGUGAUGCCAUAAGUUCGCUGGGUCGUCAUAUUGCGGCUAGUGCUGUUGUGCAACCACCGAAAGUACAAUAUGGUCCACCGAGUUAUGGUUACGAUCAUCGACCAAUUGAACACGACAGCACCUACGACGGACCCCCACCCCAAGUAGAGGAUUAUUCUGGACCAGCUAAUCAUUUCGACGGACAUUUUCCAUCGGCAUCGGACGACGAUGAUCGCUCAGGACCUCUGCUCGUGAAACCGAUGAAGACGGAACAAAACGAUCAGAAUGACAAGGAUCAUCAACUAGAGCUGGAUUUACGGCAUCCUAAUCUCCAAGAUCUAGAGAAUAGUUUUGGUGGGCCUCAAAUGGGAUCUAACGAACAGGAACUACAAAAUUCUGGAUAUUCCUCGAACGAUAAUAAAAACAACUUAGGUUCGUCAUCCAUAUAUCCAGGGAAACCUCAACCAACGUUUAACUCGGAACAAGUGAUUUAUACCAAAGAUCAGAUUUAUCAGUUGGACGAGGAGAAAAAGUUACCGCAAAUUUAUCCAAACUCGUUGGAAGCUCAGAAAAUAGAACCAGGUUUUUCAUCUAAUUUGGCAACACAACAAUUGUCCAUUCAACAGAGUCUAGAAUAUCCAACGAUUCAUCUUCAACAGAUUCAAUAUUCAUUCCCGGAAAAGGAUUUAUCUAUACCAACUUAUAAUGAUCUCUCUUCGUUGCAUACAAAUUUACCUCUAGCAACGCCACAAUUUGACACCUUAAAAAUAUCAAUGUUGGAACAUCAGAAAGGAUUAGAAUUACCAAAACUACAAGCACAAGAUUUUAACGCUUUGCCAACGUUUUCAAGUGUUCACAUUGAUAUCGCCGCUCAAGAACCUCUAACUUUACCAUUGUUAAAUCCUAUUAACGCUCAUUACUGGCCAAAACGUAGCGCGUUACAACCUGCCAUUCAUUUUCCCAAUAGGAAUAUUAUUUGGAAGAGGAGUAGCAUACAAAGGAAGAGGUUAACAGCGAGAUCAUCUCCGAGUUUUCACGAUAGGAGAUCAUUUCGAGUCUAGAAACUGUUCAGGAUAAGACGCAGGUAACAUUACGUGAAAUUCGGUUGACUCUUUGGACUCUAACAGGCUCUAACUUUAUUUUUCAAAAUAUUAACAAUACAUUUGUUUUGUUUUUGAAUAAUAAAUUGAAAGAAAGUUUGCGAAAAUUGUUGUAAAGUUUGUCGAUACAAAGACGAGUUCAAAAGAAUAUAAAAGCAACGCGACCGUUCCGGGCGGAAAGUCUGGAAAGUCGUCGAGUUUACUUUCGUUUUUUGCUACAAGAGCUACAAGAAGAAAGGGGCGCCUGUUGAUCGAGUAAAAGUCGACGAACCGCUAACGAAGCGAAAGUGUUCGUAGGUCUUUGGGUCUUCUUGGAGAACUGAGGACAAACUGGGGAGGGACAAGAGAAGGAGGAGAUUAGGGGGAGGGGGAAGGCUUUCUCAUCGAUUGAUAUUCAUAUGGAUACAUACUCGGCUAACGUGAAAUAUUUCUAACUAAACUACGGAACAUAAUUAUUAUCAUUAUAUAUCUUAUA